UCAGAGACUUCAGUACUGUCGUCUGGAGUGGACUCCACGGUUGUCCAGUUUGAAUACACCUCCACACAGAUGGAGAGUGACUGGAAGGUUUGGGUCAAGUCGCUGACUCACUUUAGACAUACCCACGAUGUGCGUGGCCUCGCCCUCGCCAAUGAUCACAUUGUAUCAGGGGGUGUGGAUACUAACCUUAUUGUGUACAGACUACAGUCUUUAAAGAAGAAAAUAUGGCGUAAGCUGGCCCCGGUCCCACACCGGUCGAUGGUACAAGUGGCCAGAGAUGCGGAGUUGGUUGUUCUCAAGUACACCGACUACCUGGAGGUGUGGCGACUAGGAUACACCAACAAAACAUCGGAAACCGACGGUGAGAUCUUACCGUUACAGUCCAACCCAUUAAAUUUAGUUCAGUUAAAGAACAAAUCGAGCGAGCCAAUCAUCUGCUUCGCAAUCAGCUCCCACGGUAACGUGGUUGCCUUCUCCGAUCAGGAUUCAAUACGGGCUUACAAACUAGUCAUUAAAAACAAGGAGCUUAUCAACCCUAGUGUUUCAAUAAAGAAACUGAAGCUGUAUAUGACGGAGGAUUCCACAGCACCGCUACCCGCCCAUCACAUGUUAGCGACGACCAACGGUGAUACUAUCGUCACAGCUACAGUGUGUGGAAGUAUACAAGUACUCCGUGUAGAGGACAGCUAUGUCAAGGUGGACCAUGCUUUCUCCGGCUCAAAAG